GUUUCUCCACUGAGUUGUUUUGUUAUUGUUUUCACUGCUGUGCUUUGCUCGUUGUGUUCGUUGCCCCUCUCGGUCAAAGUCCAGUGCAGUAAUAGUGAUAGCAGCCUGCGUACCGGUCACAUCAUAUCUACUAGAUCUAGAUCUAGAUAUUGCUUAGUUUGUUCUCGUAGUUGCCUGACUUUGGUCUGAGUUACUUGUUCUGUAACUGUAAAUGCACAUUUCGGAUUGUCUGAGUGACCGAGAAAAAACAUUUUAGAAUUUUAGAGUGGGGAUCGGUCGUUGGCAAUCGUAUCAAAAGAUCCUGACACUGAGUUUGACGUGUCUCGGAAAGAUGUUUCCCAGGAUUUACUUACAGACAUCGCCAAAACUGCCAUCAUGUGUUGGAGCUGCAAAUACACAUGGAAGGCUUCUUCAUUCUUCAAAAGUACUAUGUGGCUCCCAAGAGAAAGAGUAUCUUCAUGCAUCCCGGGUACCCACGUAUCACUUUCAAAACAGUCUGCCUCGGCUUGCAAUUCCUCCACUGGAGAAAACCUGUGAAAGAUAUCUGAAAGCUCAGCAACCAUUGGUCUCAGAAGCAGAGCUUCAGGAACUCCAAACAAUUGCUUCUGAAUUCCAGAACAAUCAAGGACAAGAACUUCAGAAGGAACUAGUUGAAACAGACAAGAAAAACAAGCACACAAAUUAUGUAACAGGUCUGUGGUUUGAUAUGUACCUCAAAGAUCGUAGACCUGUCGUGCUCACUCACAACCCUUUCAUCUCUUUCAACGAUGAUCCAAGACCUGAGUACAAUACACAGCUGAUCAAAGCGUCCAACAUGUUGAUCUCGUCCACUCGCUUCAUGAAAACCUUGAGAGAUGAACUGCUGGAACCAGAAGUCUUUCACUUAAAUCCUGCCAAAUCUGACACGAGCACUUUCCGUACUGUUUCCAGAUUGCUGCCAUCCUCUUUGUCCUGGUAUGGGGCGUAUCUGUUCAAAGCUUUUCCACUGGAUAUGAGUCAGUACAAAAGACUGUUCAACUCAACUCGUAUUCCAAGGCCAGAGAAAGAUGAACUGUACACAAAUGAAAAGUCCAAGCACAUUGCUGUUUUGAGGAAUGGAAAUGUCUAUGUGUUUGACAUGAUGGAUGGGGAUGGUAACAUCAUACCUGAGACAGAUGUCCUUGCUCACCUGAGCUACAUCCUGAAUGACAACACACCUGCCGCUGAGUUCCCUAUCUCUACACUGACAUCUGAGUACAGAGAUCCGUGGACACAAGCCCGAAUUCAGCUGAUCAAAGCCGAUCCCCAAAACGAAGAACGACUGCGCCUUGUCGAUGGCGCUAUGUUUGUUCUCUGCCUUGAUGAUGACCAACCUGGCGAUCCGGAUGCUAUGACCCGCAGUUUCCUCUAUGGAAAUGGAUCAAAUCGAUGGUUUGAUAAAAGUUUUCAGCUGAUUAUCACAAAAGAGGGAACUGCAGCUGUCCACUUUGAGCAUGCUUGGGGUGACGGUGUGGCCGUCCUGAGGUAUUUCAGAGAGGUCUACUCGGACGCCCUUCAGAAAUCUCGUGUCCAUCCUGACACCAAACCUUCUCCAAAUGCCAGCUCUGACGAAAAAGUAGUGAGGCUCAACUUUACUCUUGAUCCCUCUGUGAAGGAAGCAGUUGCCAAGGCAAAGUCUCGGUUUGAUGAUGUGACAAAUUCUCUGGACGUGUCUCAUAUACAGUACCACAAGAUGACCAAGACUCAUGUGAAAAAGGCCAAACUCAGUCCUGAUUCCAUCAUGCAGUUGACCGUUCAGCUGGCCCAUUAUCGCAUGUACGGGAAGAAUGUUGGAACGUACGAGUCGUGCAGUACAUCGGCUUUCAAACAUGGCCGCACAGAAACUGUACGCUCAUGCACGUCAGCCACCAAAGCUAUGUGUGAGCGUCUGUACGGGAGCUCCGGCCCCCAGGGCAGUGCAGAUGAGCUGAUGGAGGGACUGCGCGAUUGCUCAAAGGUGCACGGACAACUCACGAAAGAAGCUGCCAUGGGCCAGGGUUUCGACCGUCACCUGUACUUCCUGAAGCACAUGGCAGAGAGCCGAGGCCUGUCUCUGCCCAUGUUCACACACCCAGCAUACGCCAACCUGAACCACAUCAUCCUGUCUACCUCAACACUCUCGGACCCGGCUGUUUUGAUCGGAGGCUUCGCCGCUGUCACACCCGAUGGCUUUGGUGUUGGUUAUGGCAUUGAAAACAACGCGAUCGGCUUCAACAUAACCAGCUACCCAGCAUGCAGUGCCUCAGACUUCGUGGCUAACUGUGAGAAAUCUCUGGAUGACAUCCAUGACAUUCUUAAAGGCCAAAAACCAGCAUGCAAGUCCUGAUCACACACUCUGUGCCUAAGACUUUCAUUUUUUUCAAGAUUGUGUACCUUUUUUUUAUGUACCCCUUAGUUAUUUUAUUUUUAGAAUUUAUAAGAUAAGAAUUUUUUGAGAGAGGUAGGCAGGCAAAGGAGGAUCUUGAGACUCAAAAGUGCAAUUGUUGUGGUUCUGAACACCUAUAUUUUCUACUGAGACUUAUUUUCUACUAAGACCUGUUUUAUACCAAGACAGAAUCAUUCAACAGAAUGAAUAAUCGCCUUAGGUUGUCUUAUGUGUCUCAAUUUUGUAAAUUGAUACAGACUUUUUGAAAAGAUCGACAAAAAGAUGAGUUAUGUGCGUAUCUGCUGAGAACUUGGGCCAGCUGAAACAGAAAAGAGAUUGUGUCCUUAUCUGACUAGUGGAGUGUAGUAGAGUGCAGAAUGUUGCAACUGCCAUUAUCUAUGUGUGAUGUGCUUCUUACACAAAUGUGAGACAUUCUGACGAGAUGAGUUACAUCUCGCAUUUCGCGAAUGGAGAUGUCUGUAAAAAAUCAGCACAUCAAAAUUAAUAAAUUUUCAACUGAUGCAGUUUU